AUGCCGUCGUUGCCGCUUCGAGUGGCUGUGGUGUGCUUGAGUAACCAGAACCGGAGCAUGGAGGCCCACUCUAUCCUCCGCAAACGGGGAUUCCAUGUAAGAUCCUUUGGGACCGGGAGUCUCGUGAGACUCCCUGGGCCAGCACCUGACAAGCCAAAUGUUUAUGAUUUCGAGACAACUUAUGAUCAGAUAUACAAUGAUCUUAUUAGGAAAGACGAAACACUCUAUACACAGAACGGGAUCUUGCACAUGCUAGCUAGAAAUAAGAGAAUCAAGCCCGCUCCUGAAAGAUUCCAGAAUUGCCAAGAUUUGUUUGACCUCAUCCUUACCUGUGAAGAGAGGGUUUAUGACCACGUGGUAGAAUAUCUGAAUUCCAGAGAGCAGGAGACCUGCCAGCCCGUUCACGUGGUUAAUGUAGACAUCAAAGAUAACGAGGAAGAAGCCCUCCUAGGGGCUUUUCUCAUCUGUGAACUCUGUCAGCGUAUACAACACACAGAAGAUAUGGAUAACGACAUCGAUGGGGUGUUGCAGAAACUUGAGGCGAAAAGCAGGAAGGCGUUCCUUCACACGGUCUGCUUUUACUGA